AUGCCCCACCAUCUCUCCGAUUAUUUGCACCGCGCUGGGAGGGUCAGCAGGGGAGGCACUCCUGGUCGCAUCACAGCGUUGCACAAGAAGAGAGACACCCCCUUGCUGCAGCAAAUACUUACCGCGACAGCCACUGCCACCCCUGUUCCGCCGCAGCCUCCUUCUUCUUCUGCUUUUCCCCAAGAGCAGCCGCAGCAGACGCAGCUGCAGAUGCACCAGAUGCCUCGCGCACACGCGCAUCACGACAACCAGCCCCUUCCCGCACUGGGAAACAUCAGCUUUGUCAGCAACAGCAGGACCAAGCGGAUCCUCCGACUGCAGCGGAGGUGGCAGCAACUCUUGGACAUGAAAAUGAAGGCAGAGAAGAAGCUCGCUGACCUUAAGAAGCAUGGCGUCCUCCGCAAGUCGCACAAGCUGCCUCGGCGUCCAGACAGUGUAGUUGAGAGGAGCGAGGCGCAGCAGACUGCGAAGCUUAUUCGAGGAGCCGAUGGCCACAUGCAGCUCCUCGCGGUGCGGAGAAGCAGGAGGAAGCAAGAGGAAAUCAGGAUGCAGUCAAUGGCUGGACGUUACGAAGACGCCAGUGUCACGCAGCCCAUUCCGGGGGUUCCCACCUUCUCGGAAACGCACAAAGUUAGAGACCGUCGUCCUCUAUUUUAG